AUGGAGGCGCUGGCUCGAGGGAGCCACGCGAUCCUGCGUGACAAGGCAAACGAUCUGGGCCAUGAAGGUGGCAACGUCAAACUUCGUGUUGAGCAAGCCCGCAACCGCGACGCCGCCGCCUACUCCUUCAUGCGACACCUUCAUCAGGUGUCGGUGUCCGAGAUCGUGGAAGUUCUGGAACAAUGUUGGAAGCACCUGGUGAAGGACAUCCGCUCUGAGCAUGCUCCUCGUCGGUCGUUGGACACGUGUGUUGCUCUUUCGGAAGUGCCUGUCUGCUCGAACAUCUGCUUGACAAAAAUCCCCGGACUUUCCAAAGAUAAUUUAGAAAAGGUUGCCCUUCUGUGCUUCUACCUCCUCAACGUCUUCGCCUUCAUGCUCGUCGAGUGGUGGCGGUUUUCCAUCGUCUGGGCGAUGCGUCCCUGGUUCGUGUUCCUCGUUUGGUACACCUGGGACGCCGUCUGCUGCUGGAAGGCCGUCAUGCGCCGACGCCUCCGGCGCUCCGAGCCCGGCAGCCCCUCAAACAAGCAUCGCCCAGAGCAGGGGCUCCGAGCCCGCAGCAGUCUUGGCCUACCCCAGGAGGAGGAGAUCGAGAAUCUGUCUGACUUGCUUGCAGCAAACAAGGACGGUGAACAUGCCAAGGAUCCCGACUCCCCCAGGAAGUUGCAGAAGAGGCGCGCAGCCGCGUCAGGUGUCUUGCCGCAAGUCAACGGCGACGGGAGUUUGGAGGAAGACAUUGCUCCCUUCUUGGACAUGGACCACGUUCACCUCACCUUUUGGUUCUUCCUAUGGGGCCGCAUCUUCAUUGGCUUGGGUGCAUGGGCCAGCAUGAUCUUCGGCGGCAAGGACACUCCGGGCAUCCUGCGCUAUGGGCUGAGGCGGGUCUUCAACGACCUCGGUGUUUGGCCGCAUCACGUCAAGAAUGCCAGGAGUUUGGCUGCAGAACUUCUCUUGGAGACCACUCUUUCCAUCUACGUGCGCGAGGUGGAAACGACAGGCAGCAUGACCGUUGCUCGCUUUGCCAUUCCGGACGUCCCACACUACACUCAGCAAGGCAAGAAGGCUCAGAAAAAAGUUCGUUUGGCCGUAAAGCAGUGCAAGUGCUUGCAGCAUGCCGAGCUGUUGGCGGAGGUGGACUUGACGGACAGAUCCGACCAAGUCCUCAUGCGGGCAACCUAUGGGGGGGCAGCCAUCCGGGCAGACGAGGCAGUCAUCUUGCUCAACAUGGCAUGCUGCUACUUGGUGCACCCGAUGCUGCAUGCCUUCAGCAACUGGGCUGCCAACCCAGAGAGUCCAGACCCGACCAUUCGGAAGUAUUCCAUUGGCACCAUCCUGUACAACUACUACGGCGUGAAUGCCUUUGCGAACUGGUGUGACCUUGGAAGCUGGCUGGGCUUUUGCAAGGUGGACGCAGAACGCUUCCGAACCUUGAUCUCGUCCUGCUUGGUUCACGGCAUCCCCCCGCAUGCCGACAUCAAGAAGCUGAAGGAUCACAGCCGCCUCGUGAACUUCCUGCUUCCCGUGCGGUCGCGCUUCUUGUACCUCUUCCGGAAGCACCAGGCGGACUUCCCAGGGAUUGACGGAGAGGCGCUCUUCCUGGCCACGGUCGUACACCCGCUGGACCAUUACAACCUGAUCACGAUGCAAAAAGCUCUGGACCAGGGGACGCUCAAGGAGGGUUAUGCGGAGGACCUGUUCGUGGUGAGGUCGGCCAUCAUGAUCACGUCGGAGAAGCUCUUUCUGACCUACCUUGUGAACGAUUUCAGCUUCUCCGGUUCGUCGCAUCCACUCUUCAAGGAUACAUACGACUUUGCGAAGCAACGUGACCAACGGUUUGCUGAUGAGAUGGAGUGCUGCGUCUUGCGCUAG